CAAAACCAUAUAAUUCAUUCACCUCAAUAUCCCCACCAUCUUCCAAAACCAGUUCCAUUCCUGACACAGUGUUUCAGUUACUUACAAGAUAGUAGGAAUAGCUCGGGGAAAUGGAAGCAGUGAGCGGUUUCGUCAACUGUGAGCAAGGACGGAUUGGCGCCCAUGGUUCCUCCACCAAUAUCCAAACUGGUACUGACCAGUUUCUCAUUCAAGUGCUUAUUGGCCUCAUCCAAGUGAAGUAUCAAAACGCACAGGCUUCUCCAUUCGACACACAUGGUCCAAUCAUGUUGCUUUUCAUUCUAGUACUAGUCACAAAAGUUUACGCCAAAUAUUUGCUGGAGAUGACCCAACCAAUUCCAAACACGAGAUACCUCCCUAUCACUAAACUUGUUUGUCAAAUUUCGAGUGUCAUAGCCUGUGGUUUAUUGCUAUCGAUCCUCCUUCCUCCCAUUUGGUGGUGGAUCAUUUUAUGUCCAUGUGCAUUCAAGUCCAUAAGGGCAUUGCAUGGCUCAUAUCAGCAGAUUUAUGAGUCGCUCCAUGAUGUAUAUCAGCAAACUUUUGAGUCGAUCCAUAAAAAAUAUCAGCAGAAUUCUGAGACGCUCCAUGGUAUUUCAACUCGAGUACUCAACAAAUUACACUACACAUUCAAAUGGACUUGCAAUUCAACACAGCAAGCCGGCCCUCCAAGGGUGCAAAACGUUUGACUCAUCUAUAGAACAUGUUAGAUAUUUCACUUUUCGUAUCGUCAUUUUUCAAGACCGGUUAAUGUUUUCUUGUUGAUUCGUUUCGUUGCCAUAGUAAAUUUGACCAAAAAAAAAAUAAGAAAAUAAAAAGUUUCCGUUUUGUGAAUUAAUUACAAUAGAUACUACUACUGCACUCUACAUGUGUUAGUGUACGUAUCUCCUCAGCACCCAAUAAGGAAACUCUUCCCCAAGCAAAUCUCUCAACAUGGCAAGUCUCGCCUAUGCAGCGCCUGUGCAUCAUUCCAGCAAUAUACAUCCCAACAAUCAUGCAACCAAGAAUCAUGGCACUAUCAAAGGAAUUACACGCACAGCUGCCAGCAUCAUGAAAGAAAGGAAAGGAUCACAGCAGCAUAAGGAAAGUGUUGCUGCUAUGAUCCCAA